AUGACGGCCCAGCACACCUCACUGGUUUUCCUUAGCUUCUUUGGCCAAGGACAGGAAGGCCAGUGUGAUGCUGGUGGAUGCUUGUCCACCUUUCUGCUACCCUGUGUCAAGGGGAGGCCCUGCCCCGUGCAUGAGCUCCCCAGGCCCGAGGGGCUGCAGCGCCUGCUGCUCAUCAACAAUGCAGGCUCUCUUGGGGAUAUUUCCAAAGGCUUCCUGAAUGUGAAUGACCCAGCUGAGGUGAACAACUACUGGGCUCUGAACCUGACCUCCAUGCUCUGCUUGACCUCCGGCACCCUGAAGGCCUUCUCAGAUAGCCCCGGCCUCAGCAAGACUGUGGUUAACAUCUCAUCUCUGUGUGCCCUACAGCCCUUCAAGGGCUGGGGGCUGUACUGUGCUGGGAAGGCUGCCCGAGACAUGUUGUGCCGGGUCCUAGCUGCUGAGGAACCCAGUGUGAGGGUGCUGAGCUAUGCUCCAGGUCCCCUGGACACAGAUAUGCAGCAGUUGGCUCGAGAAACCUCCAAGGACCCAGAGUUAAGAAACAGACUACAGGAGCUAAAGUCAAAGGGGGAGCUGGUGGAUUGUGGGACCUCAGCCCAGAAACUGUUGAACUUGCUUCAAGAGGACGCCUUCCAGUCUGGAGCCCACGUUGACUUCUAUGACUGUUAAGACCAUGUCCUGCCACAGUGCCCCUCCAACCUGGCCUAACACAAAGAUAAGCCCUCAGACACAGCCAGCAAAGAGUGGCUGGCUCUACCGGCCAUCGGAUGGCUUCUGCAGAGGCUGAGAGGGAGGUGAUGGCAUUGGAGCUCUCUGUCCCCAGGAAGAG